GGGUCUCGGCGGGGAGCCCGGCGCCGCGUCCUCGCCUGCGGGCAGCGGGAGCCCCCAUCCAGCGCAGGGCAGCUGAAUCCCGAGCGGCGGAGCAAAGCGCCGGGACGAGAUUUAUCGCUUCGUUCCCUGAGACGCCGCUUCCACCGGCGAGCCGCUCUGAGCAGCCGGCUGUGGAUUUUACCUUUGCUUCCCCACAAACCAAGGUUAGCCGGGCGGCUUCUCGGGAGGGAGCCCCGACCCGGCCCCGCCGUGUGCGAUGGAUUGAGGCGUGCCCGGCUGCGCCCCCAGCCCGGCCCCCGCCCGCAGCCCACAUAGAUGCGAUGGAAAAUCGGGGGCUCUUCUGCACCUUAUGUUACCUGAUGUUCAACGCACCUCUGCUCUUCAUCGUCACCGCUACCUUUACUGAAGUUCCCAAAGAUGUGACUGUUAGGGAGGGAGAUGAUAUUGAGAUGCCUUGUGCUUUCCGAGCCAGCGGAUCCACCUCUUACUCCUUGGAAAUCCAGUGGUGGUACCUUAAAGAACCAGCCAGAGAACUUGCACACGAAUUAGCCAUCAGUGUCCCCGGCAGCAGGAGCAAGGUAACGAAUAAGGAUGCAACCAAAAUCAGCACGGUCCGCGUCCAGGGCAACGACAUCUCGCACCGGCUGCGGCUCUCGGGCGUGCGGCGCCAGGACGAGGGCGUCUACCAGUGCCGCGUGGCGGACUACAGCGACGACGAGACAGAGGAGCACAAGGCCCAGGCGCUGCUGCGCGUCCUCUCCCGCUUCGCGCCGCCCGACGUGCAGGCGGCCGAGGCGGUGUCGCACAUCCAGAGCGGCGCGGCCCCGCGGCGCCACGGCCCCGCCGCCCGGCCCACGCCGCAGCCCGGCCCCGGCAAGCGCCCGCCGCCGCCCCCGGCCCCGGGGGGUGCCGGUGCCGCCGCCUCCACCGCCAGCGCCACCGCCUCGGCGGCCGCCGCCUCCUCGGCCUCGCCGCCGCCGGGUCAGGCCGCCAUCCUCCGCCAGCAGCACGGUUCAGGUACAGGACCUAUUUAUGCUACAGACCCACUCCUAUAUAUGUUCCUGUUAAUACUGCAUAAGCUUGUACAUUUAUUAGUAAACCACUGACGGACUACUUCCUCCACUCCUCCUCAGCCAAACAAAAAGGAACCUAUUUAAAAACAGAACAAACCCCUGACAAAAAGAAAAAAAAAAAAACCACUGCAGUUUUAAAGAUGGACAGAAA